AUGGUGUUUGCCUUGGAGGAAAUCAAUCGUAACAGCACCCUGCUACCAGGAGUAAAGCUUGGCUACCGUUUACUGGAUAGCUGUUUCAAUUCUCUCUGGGCUCUGCAAUCCGCUCUGUCACUGAUCGGAGGAGACGCACACAGCUGUGGUCAGUCUGUUCCUUUGCUUAUUGGUGCUGCGUCGUCAACAACAACCCUAAUUCUUUCCCGGAUCCUGGGGCCUCUCUCUGUGCCACUUAUCAGCUACUUGGCAAGCUGCCCCUGUCUUAGUGACAGAUACAAGUUUCCCAACGUCUUCAGAACAAUCCCCAGUGAUUUAUACCAAGCCAGGGCCAUGGCUCAACUGGCCAUUCGCUUCCGCUGGACUUGGAUAGGAGCCGUGGUUAUAAACAAUGAUUAUGGUAAUUUGGCGAUACAGACAUUUCAGAAAGAGACUCAGGGGAAAGGGGUGUGUUUGGAGUUCAUAGAGACUGUUGGCAGAGAAACUAUUUUAAUCGACGCCAGACGUGCAGCCCUCAAAAUCCAAGCUUCGACUGCGAAGGUCAUUCUGAUAUUUUGCUGGUAUACAGAUGUAAAGAAAGUAUUUCUGGAACUAGCAAAGAUACAUGUGACAGACAGACAGUUUCUCGCCAGUGAGGCUUGGAGCACAAGUGAUGAAAUUCUCAAAGAUCUUGCCAUCUCUAAAGUGGCCAGUGGUGUUCUUGGUGUGGCGAUUCGAAGUUCAAAAAUACCCGGAUUUGAAAACUAUCUCAGGAGUUUGCACCCAACUCGUCGUCCUGAUGAUGAUUUCUUACGAGAAUUCUGGGAAAUGGAGUUUGGAUGCAGUCCAGGAGCUACACAAUCACAGGCAUCCCUUAUGAAAGCUUCACUUCCACCGUGCAGCGGCAGAGAGUCCCUGGAGGAAGUGCAGAAUCACUUCACUGACACCUCCCAGCUGAGGGUGGCAUAUAAUGUUUAUCUUGCUGUUUAUGCUGCAGCCCACGCCCUCCACAGCCUUCUGUCCUGCCCCAACAGAGACAGCUCAUCUGGAAGGAUCUCCAGCUGCUCUUUUUCAAAACAGAUCAAACCCUUUGAGCUGUUGCAGAGUUUGAACAAAGUAAACGUCACCACACCACAAGGGGAAAUGUUUUAUUUCGAAGGUGCUGACAUCCCAGCAAAGUACGACCUUGUUAACUGGCAGAACACCCCUGAGGGGUCACUCAAACUUGUUUUGAUUGGUCGCGUUGACGGGUUUGACAUCAACCUUAAUGAGUCAGCAAUUGAGUGGAACUCAGGAUCGAAUCAGGUGCCUGUGUCAGUGUGCAGUGAGAGCUGUCCACCAGGCACCAGAAAGGCAAACAGGAAAGGAAAACCUCUCUGCUGCUUUGACUGUAUCCCAUGUGCUGAAGGAGAGAUAAGCAAUGAAACUGGUUCCCUUCUUUGUGAGCGUUGUCCAUCUGAGUUUUGGUCCAAUGUAGAACAAACUGCCUGCAUCCCUCGACAGCUGGACUUCCUUUCCUUUAAUGAAACCUUAGGAAUUACUCUGACUACAGCAGCUGUGUCUGGUGCAGCGGUGACAACAGCCGUGUUUGUUCUUUUUCUUUAUUACCGUCAGACACCAGUGGUGCGAGCCAACAAUUCAGAACUGAGCUUCCUGCUUCUCCUGUCACUGAAGCUCUGCUUCCUGUGCUCUCUGGUGUUCAUUGGUCGUCCAUCAGUGUGGACUUGUCGGUUCCAGCAGGCAGCAUUUGGGAUCAGCUUUGUACUUUGUGUCUCCUGCCUGCUGGUCAAAACCCUCGUAGUUCUUGCUGUUUUCCGCUCAGCUCGGCCUGGUGCUGGAGCCUUGAUGAAGUGGUUUGGUCCAGGCCAACAGAGAGGAAGCGUCUGCCUAUUUACAUCCAUACAGAUUAUAAUCUGUGCUACCUGGCUGUCCCUCAGCCCCCCUGUGCCUCAGCGUGACCUUGGUUUCCAAGGGUCAAAGGUCACCCUUGAGUGUGCCAUGUCCUCAGUGGUGGGCUUCUCUCUGGUUUUGGGCUACAUUGGUCUGCUGGCUUGCACCUGCCUCCUCUUGGCCUUUUUUACUCGGAAACUCCCUGACAACUUCAAUGAAGCCAAACUGAUCACCUUCAGCAUGCUGAUUUUCUGUGCGGUCUGGAUAGCUUUUGUCCCUGCGUAUGUUAGCUCUCCUGGAAAGUAUGUUGUCGCUGUUGAGAUUUUUGCAAUCCUGGCUUCUAGCUAUGGUUUGCUGCUCUGCAUUUUUGCCCCAAAAUGUUUCAUAAUAAUUUUAAAGCCUGAGAAAAACACUAAGAAACACCUCAUGGCAAGGUAG